GUGUCAAGGAGAGAAUGGGACAUUUGAGCAUUUAUGGACUCUCAAAGAGUGUGUAUGCAUGUCUUAAUGAUAAAGAAAGUGAUGUAGAACUAUUAUUGCACAAGUUGUUGAUAUCAUAUGUUGAUCCUGUUGAAAAAGAAGAUGGCAUUCUGUGGGGUGGACACCGACCCAGUGAUGAAUGGGUUCAACAAUGCAAGCAAGUUGUAAAGAAUAUGGAGCUUUUACGAUAUCAAGGUAUAUCAGAACAUGUGUGA